AUGAAGAAUAUGUUUCAGAGAUCUGAGAUUAGCAAAAGGAAGGAAAAUGACAUGAAGAAGAGGUGGUUUUUGGACAACGGAAGCAUCUGUCUAAAAGAACUUAUUGCUGAUUGUAAUGGUAAAUCCAUUUCUAUUCGCAGCUUUUCUCCUGACCAGAUCCUUAAAGCCACAAACAACUUUGAUUCAAGUUGUUUUGUCUCGGAAGAUACGUACUAUAGCUGGUAUAAAGGUAAAAUCGAAGAUAGAUCUUACAUGAUCAAGAGAUUCCCAGAGGAUAAAAUUAAGGGAUACAAGGUUGUAGUUUACAAAGAUAUUGUCUUGUCUGCUCGCAUGAGCAACCACAAUAACUUUCUAAAACUAUUAGGAUGCUGUCUGGAGUUUAGCUUUCCGGUACUUUUGUUUGAAUAUGCAGAACAUAGAGUUCUUGAUCGGCAAGGACGUAUUAUGGUGAACGGGGAGGAAUCAAUAUUGCCAUGGAGUGUACGGUUGAAGAUUAGUAAGGAGAUUGCAAAUGCUGUGACUUAUCUUCACAUGGCGUUCCCUAAGAUUAUCAUACAUCGAGAUGUGAAGCCAAUGCAUGUAUUUUUGGGCAAGAACUGGGCCGUAAAGCUCUCAGAUCUAUCCUAUGCUAUAUCUCUCCCAGAGGGAAAAACAAAAAUAGAAGUUGAAACAGUUAUAGGAACAUUUGGGUACCUGGAUCCGUUAUAUCAUGCCACACAUUGUGUGACAGAAUAUACGGAUGUGUAUAGCUUCGGGGUCUUUUUGUUGGUUGUUUUGACUGGAAGAAGAGCUCUCGCUUCCGUUGGCUCUGAUGGAGACUACGUCGGUAUUCUUGGAUAUGUAAAGAAGUUAAAUGAUAAUGGGAGGCUCCAUGAAUUAGAACCAAUGAUGGCUAAAGACAUCUCAUGCGGUCAGAGAUUGCAGUUGGAAGCUUGUGCUCUGCUUGCGUUAAGAUGCUGCAAGGAGAGAGAUGAAGACAGACCAAAGAUGAUCCAAGUAGCUAAAGAACUCAAGCAGAUUCAGGCAUCACUGAGAUAUUCUAGCUAGAGAUCCUCUCUGUCGUUGUAACCUUUAUUGCAUUUGAAUUCUCGUCAUUGUAUUUUGUUCUAAGGUAACUUGGAUCGAUAUAGUAGUCCCCAUGUCAUCCAUGCUUGAUUCUCCCUCUGGAACCGGUAUGCUGACGCUAAAAGAUGGAAGUUUGGAGGUCCAAUGCUCGUCCAGAAACUAUUACAUUGUAACAUGGGCACUAUAAUGUAUGUUACAGUUACAAUGUUCUGUUUCUGAUGUAUUUACUGCAAUUCAGACAGUUCAUAUACAUAAACUAG